UCUCCAUACUCUCUAUAUAUAUACCUUCUCAAAACCUACCACAAAAUAUUACACAUACAUUUCAUUACAAACAUCCUCACUUUAAAGAAAAAAAAAAGAGAGAGAGAAAAAUGGGAAAAGAAGUGAAGGUGUUGGGAGCAUGGCCAAGCCCAUUUGUGAUGAGACCAAGAAUCGCACUCCAUUUGAAAUCAAUUGAAUAUGAUUUCAUCGAAGAAACAAUGCAACCAAAAAGUGAGCUUUUGCUAAAAUCAAACCCGGUUCACAAGAAAAUCCCGGUUCUUAUUCACAAUGAUAAACCGGUUUGUGAGUCCCUUGUUAUUGUUCAAUACGUUGACGAGGCCUUUUCAUCUGGUCCGUCCAUUCUCCCUUCUGAUCCUUACGAUCGUGCCAUCCAACGCUUCUGGGCUGCUUACAUCGAUGACAAGUGGUUCCCAAAUUUACAAGGAGUAGCCAAAGCACAAACUGAUGAAGCAAGAGCAGCAGCAUUAGAGCAAACUAGUGAAGGGUUGUCAUUACUUGAGGAUGCCUUUGUCAAGUGCAGCAAAGGGAAGCCCUUUUUCAGCGGCGACAACAUUGGAUACCUGGACAUUGCCCUAGGGUGCUACUUGGGGUGGUUGCGCGUUUCUGAAAAGAUGAACAACGUUAAGCUGCUGACUGAGGAUAAGACGCCGAACCUCCUUGCCUGGUCUGAGAGGUUUUCCGCUGCUGAUGCUGUCAAGGAUUACAUGCCUGAGACAAACAAGCUUAUGGAGUUUGCCAAGAUUAUUAUGGCUAGGUUCAAAGCAGCUGCUUCUAACUAAUAUUAUAGGCAUGGUUUGUUGUAUGAUGGCUUCUAAGAGACUAGUAUUUCAGCUGGUUUAUGGCAGUUUAAAUUAUUUUCUCAAAAUAAAUGUGCUUUAUGUACUUCGGAAACCAGAAUGUUCUGUUUCAUCAAUUGUUCUUUAAAUUUCAUAGUUUCUUUUAUGAAACCAGAGUGUUCUGUUUUAUCAA